AUGCUUCCUCUUUCUAUUUUUCGGCUGGCGGCUCUCUGUGGUGUCUCCUUCCAGGCUCCUCAGCAGUUCGACUUCGGUGAGCGCCGUCGCAGAAAGAAGAAGGAGAAGAAGGAGACAGAUCAAGCCCAAGAGGACGCGCCGAUCAUCGACGGCACGGGUGAAGUGUUCAAGCGCGGACAGGAAUACACCUACCAGGAAAUGCUCCAGCGCAUUCAGACGUUGAUUGAGAAGCACAACCCCGAUCUGUCGGGUGCGAAGCGCUACACGAUCAAGCCUCCGCAGGUCGUCCGCGUUGGCUCCAAGAAGGUUGCGUGGAUCAACUUCAAAGACAUUUGCAACAUCAUGAACCGCCAGCCCGACCACGUGCAUCAGUUCGUCCUCGCCGAGUUGGGUACUGAAGGUUCGAUCGCGGGAGACGGGCAGCUCGUUCUCAAAGGAAAAUACGGCCCCAAGCACAUCGAGGCGCUGCUCAGAAAAUACAUCACUGAGUACGUUACGUGCCAGAUGUGCAAGAGUCCGAAUACGACGAUGCAGCGCGACAGCCGGACGCGUCUGUGGCAGCAGAGCUGCGUGGCCUGUGGCGCCAAUCGAUCUGUCACGACCAUCAAGAGCGGUUUCCACGCCGUCGGAAAGGGAGAGAGAAGAAAGGCGAAGCUGGGCUAA